AUGAAUACCAACCUAUAAUUACACUUGCCAAAAUUACAGCAAUUCAUUUAGAAUUUUGCAGAGGACACGAGUUCAGUAGAUUUAUCAAAGUUGUAGAGCACACUUGAGUUGAGAAUUCAAUAAACUUUUAUUACUCUUAAUGAAGUACUUCACUUUUACGAAUAUUGCUAAUCGCAGGAGUUCUUAAAAAUGCAUGGUUCGAGGAAUUGGACAGAUGAAGAAUGGAAAAUACUAUUAUGGGUAAUGUAGUAGUAUUGCUAAUUGCAUUAAAAAAGCAGUGAUGAAUUUUAAGGAUAGGACUGGAAUAAUAUAUCUGAAAUAAUAGCAUUCAAAGACUCAUUAAAUUGUUAAUUUAAAUGGCUUUCUCAUUUGAGAGUUGUUCCUUCCAAUAAGAAUUGGUUGCCUGAAGAAGAUAAGUUGCUUUAUAAAAUAAUGACAAAGGAACCAAACAUCAAGUGGUUUGAAGUGUAAUAUGAAAUGUUUAUUUAAUCGCAAGGAAUCUAUUUUAGAAAGGCAAAACAGUAUAGAGAGAGAUGGAAUAAUUAUCUGAAUCCUUAAGUAAAUAGAGGUAUUUGGACUGAGAUUGACGAUUAUAAUUUGUUACAAAUCACAUUAGUCGAAGGUUUGAGAUGGUCGAACAUAUCAAAGAAGUUAAAAAAUAGAACAGAGAACUAAGUAAAAAAUAGGUUCAAGAGCAUCAUCAAUAAGGAGAAAAAGAUAGUCUAAACACCCCAGGAAUUGCUUUAGGAUAAUCAAGAAGACCCCCUAAAACAUGGGUUAGAUAAAAUGACUGAAUUCCUAAUUCGUUCAAUUCUAAGUAGAUUAAAACCAGUGGAUCAUUCACAGAAUUCGAAAAGCAAUCAGUAAGAAUAAUAAAGUUACAAUAAUGAAUAAUCAUUCUCUUAGAUUCCCUAAUAUCCCUAUUUAAUAGCUCCAUAAUAAUAUUACUAUUAAUAAUUUCCAUAAAUACCCUAGAUCUAAACAAUCCCAACAAUUCAACCAUAAUUAUAACCAAUCAACCCUAUCCUGCCUUGUCGGCAAUAACAAUUACAGGGAAUGAGUAUCUAAAUUCCACAACAUCAAAAUUUAAUUUCGUAAUAGCUAAUGCAAUAACAAUUAAUUCAAUAGUAAUAAUAGAUGAUCCCAAACAUGUACCAAGCCCAAUAUCUUCCUUAAUAAUUUAUGUAAUAAUAAUAGUAACAAUUUAAAUUCAAUGUAUAUUCAUCAUAACAAAAUACUCCAACUAAUUCUAUUGGAACUCUAAGUUCCUAACGCUCAGAAAAACUGAUUUCAGAUUAAAUAAAAGAAGAAGAAAAUAGUGGAUCAUCUUCCAACAAAGAGCCUAAAGUUUAAAAAUUGGUUUGUGUAUCUGCUUAAUCAUCCAUUAAUGGUUCAACAAGUUCGGUGAAUUCAAUGGAUGCAAUCAAACAAAACUUUAACAAUAUGCAUUUAGAUUCCGAGUAAAACAGUCCGGAUCCAAUACAAAAGAGAAAACAUUAGCGUUCACAAUCAGGAGCCUUUGAUAUCAACAAUUAAGGAAAGAUUAAGACUAAGAGAUCGAGAUUCUUUUAUGCUUCGAAUGAUGGUUGA